GCAGAGUCCUGCUACGAAACGGGGGGCGGCCCUAGGAAGCGCCCUACACGCCACAGCCAAUCAUAAGCGCGGGUCGCGUCGCAUGGGCCACCGUGCUUUGCUUUAAUUGACGACUGUUCCAGCGAAUUGGUGAUAUCGAAAUAGCGGCUUCAGCCAAUGGGAGAAACCGCUUGGAAGUCAGGGCGGGUGCAACCGAAAGAGUCCUCAGCGGCGGAAAAUGGCGCCCAGCUCGAAAUCAGAAAAGGACGAAAACAAACAGAAAUCACAGAGAAAACACAAAGAACAUAUCGUCAAACUCCUCAAUCGCAGCAAGCUGUCCGGUCAGGUGUCCCAGCGGCUGUUCCGGAAGCUUCCUCCUCGGGUCUGUGUGCCCCUCAAGAACAUAGUGAGUGAGGAGUUUCUCAGGGCAGGUCACAUCUUCCUGGGCUUCACCAAGUGUGGCCGCUACGUGCUGUCUUACACCAGCGACUGCGGGGAGGACGAUGACUUCUCUUUCUACAUCUACCACCUCUACUGGUGGGAGUUCAACCUGCACAGCCGGCUCAAACAGGUGAGGCACGUCCGGCUGUUCGCGGGAGAGGACAUCUACAGCGAGCUCUACCUCACUGUGUGCGAGUGGCCCCAUGACCACUCCAAGAUAGUCAUCUUCGGCUUCAACACACGCAGCUCCAGUUCCGUCCUGAUGAACCUCAUGAUGAGUGAUGAGAAUAACAGGGACAUCUACAUCACCGUGGCCUCCAUGCCCCCAUCCCGGCCCUGCACACAGUGCAGCUCCCCCGCCCCUGGCACAGGAGGCCUGGAGUGUCUGGAACAUGGUUACGUGCUGAACUCCCGCUACCAGGUGGUGUACCCCUUCCCCACCUUCCAGCCCGCCUUCCAGCUGAAGAAGGACCAGGUGGUCCUACUGAACACCAGCUACUCGCUGGUGGCCUGCGCCGUGUCCUUCUGCCCAGAAGGGGAACCGGAUCAGACAGGCCAGAUCCUGUACAAAAAGAGAGCUUCCUGCCCUGGGACAAAUUCCCCUGUGCCCACAGUCCUCACCGCAUCCUCCCCGUCUUCCUCCCAAGCUUCUCCUGACAGCCAGCCAGGCCCCUCCCCUCCUGCGGCCGACCAAUCGCAGGCCGCCGCCCGGGCCAGGGAGUUUGCAGCAGACAUUUUUAGGAGGGUGCAGGGGAGGGAGCGGGAUGGGCUGGGGGUAGGGUCACGGGGGGGUGCUGAGCUCUGUCCUGGGCACCACUCCCCCUCCAGGGGGCGCCAGCCGGGACCCAGCGAUACAGUAAUGUCCCCGUCGUCGGCAUCGUCCUCUUCACCUCGAUCCCCACCCUCCAGCCAGGACCCCUCCUCCUCUGAGCCAGGCUACAUUAACUACACUCGUCACAAAUACUGUCUGCAGCUGCCAGGCAUCCCGGAGCAGGAGCACGCUCCGUCUGAGUAUGAGGACGACAAGGUGCAGCUUCCCUUCACCGUGAGCGACGUGAAGGGCCGUGGCCUGCAGCUGGUGACUGGGCCACAGAGCGGUCGGCCGUGUGUGUGUGUAGAGCAGCUAACCCUGGACUUUGAGUAUGUCAUCAACGAGGUGAUCCGCAACGACGCUGCAUGGGCUGCGCAGUUCUGCUCCUUCAGCGACUACGACGUGGUCAUCCUGGAGGUGUGUCCGGAGACCAAUGUGGUGGUGAUGAAUAUCGGCCUUCUGCUGCUGGCCUUCUCCACCCCUGAGGAGGAGCACUGCAGGCCCAACACCUACCACAGCAGCGUGCAGGUGAGCUGGGACCUGAGCACCGGUGUGUGUCACACGGUGGGCAUCGGGGACCUCACCGAGGUCAAGGGUCAGACCAGUGGCAGUGUGUGGAGCUCCUACAGGAAGUCAUGUGUGAACACAGUGAUGAAGUGGCUGGUUCCGGAAAGCAGUUCCCGAUACAUCAACCGCAUGACCAACGAGGCCCUGCAUAAAGGCUCGUCUCUGCAGGUGCUGGCAGACAGCGAUCGUGGGACCUGGAUCAUCCUGUGAGGGGCCCAGAGACAGACAGGCCCUGUUCUUAUUGACAGCCUGUUUGGCCGACAACAGCAGUCGCCGCUGUUAAUGACCCCAUAACUGACAUUAAGUGCAUUUCUCAGUAGUCAUAGCUCGCUGUGUAUUGUAAGUAGGACCAGGAAUGUACCUGAAUCAGAGCUGGAAUGAACAAUGGCUUUGCGCCCCCUGCCUCAAUGGCAGUAUGGGGGUCGUUGGUGGCUGGAAGCCUUCGGUGAGUUGGACACCAUGACCGUGUCUCUGGGUUCACUUGAUGUUCAUUUCCCAUGAGCCUCCGUGGAUCGGGCUUUGGCUCUGGGUGACGCGUCCCCCGUUCGUUUGCUUUUGUGCCGUCUGGCUGCUUCGACGCCGUCGGCCCGAGGGUGUCUCACUUCACCUGUUGUUGGUAUUUUUUAUUAUUAAAAUGAUUGACUCAU